AUGGGUAUUGCCUCACUUGGCAACUGGAUCUUUAAGUUUGCCCUGGGUUUGGUUACGCCGCCCGGCUUCCAGAAUAUCCAGUGGGAGAUCUUCAUGAUGUUUGGGACUCUUUGCGUCUUCAUGGCCGGUUGGGUCCUUCGAUUGUAUCCUGAGACAUGCGGCAAGACCCUGGAAGAGAUUGAGUCCAGGUUCUCCAAGGAGGGUUCUUCGGUUUGGAAAAUACCCAAGGGAGAUUCUCGUCUUGCACGAGAAAUUGAGCAUGUCAAAGCUUGCAAGCAAGCCGAGGAGGCGCCUCGGGCCGAAGAUGUUGAGAAUCAGAAGGUCUAA